CCGAAACGGGGCCGCUCCCGGAAGUGGAUGCGGCACCGCGGCGAGGUCGUUUCGCCUCCAGCCCUCCGCGGCCGCUCGGCGCUGCCGCUGGGACACCACCCUUGCGCAUGCGCGCUGCGCGCGCUGAUCUCACCGCCGCCCCGCCUUACCAUAGAAACGCGAGAGGCACGCUCCCUCUAGCCCCCACCUCGCGCUCUGUGAAUGGACUGCUGAAUUGAGAAUUAUUGCAGACCCAACAGCGCAGCACUGCUCAUUGCUUCAUCUACCACUAGCUAUUUAAAUUGGACUUUUAAUAUCCUGCCAGCUGCUGUUCACACACACAUGGUGCAUUGUUGCCAUUCUCAGAAUUGCAUCUUUGAAACCCAGGCCCUCAGUAACCUUCACUGAACAAAGAGGUGACCUCCUGUGUACGUUCGUAGAGGGAUUUUUCAAACUGUCUGCCCUCUAGCUUUCUUGCUGGUGCUGUGUUUCUGAGACACUAUGGAGCCCAGUAUGGAGUACUGCUUAGCACAGGUGCUGCAGAAGGAUGUUGGGAAGAGACUUCAGGUUGGUCAGGAAUUGAUAGAUUACUUCUCGGAUAAACAGAAGUCAGCUGAUCUGGAACACGAUCAGACGAUGCUGGAUAAAAUGGUUGAUGGACUGGCCACCUCUUGGGUGAAUUCCAGCAAUUAUAAGGUGGUGCUUCUGGGGAUCGACAUCAUCUCCGCGCUGGUGUCCCGCCUGCAGGACCGCUUCAAGGCCCAGAUCGGCACAGUGCUGCCCAGCUUGCUGGAUAGGCUGGGGGACUCCAAGGACUCUGUGCGGGAGCAGGAUCAGACCUUGCUGCUGAAAAUCAUGGAACAGGCUGCUAAUCCUCAGUACGUGUGGGAUAGGAUGCUAGGAGGAUUCAAACACAAGAAUUUCCGGACAAGAGAAGGGAUCUGCCUCUGCCUUAUUGCAACACUCAAUGCAUCUGGAGCUCAGAGUUUAACACUGAGUAAGAUAGUGCCACAUAUAUGUAACUUACUUGGAGAUCCAAACAGCCAGGUUCGAGAUGCAGCAAUAAACAGCCUUGUGGAAAUUUACAGACACGUGGGUGAACGUGUAAGGGCUGAUCUCAGUAAAAAAGGAUUACCCCAAUCUCGGUUGAAUGUAAUUUUCACAAAAUUCGACGAGGUCCAAAAAUCUGGAAACAUGAUCCAGAGCUCAAGUGAUAAAAAUUUUGAUGAUGAAGACUCCGUGGAUGGGAACAGGCCUUCCUCAGCUAACUCCUCUACAUCUUCAAAGGCUCCUGCAAACUCACGUAGAGUUGGGAUGGGGACUACUCGCAGACUUGGGUCUGCAGCUCUGGGUUCCAAGUCUUCAACUGGCAAAGAGGGAGCUGGUGCUGUGGAUGAAGAAGACUUCAUUAAGGCAUUUGAAGAUGUCCCAACAGUUCAAAUUUAUUCUAGCCGGGAUCUUGAGGAAUCCAUAAACAAAAUAAGAGAGAUACUAUCUGAUGAUAAACAUGACUGGGAACAGAGAGUAUCUGCUUUGAAAAAGAUCCGCUCCUUGCUGUUGGCUGGAGCUGCAGAAUACGAUAACUUCUUCCAACACUUACGACUCCUGGAUGGAGCGUUUAAAUUAUCUGCUAAAGACCUGCGGUCUCAGGUAGUGCGGGAGGCUUGUAUCACGUUGGGACAUUUAUCAUCCGUUCUGGGAAACAAGUUUGAUCAUGGGGCAGAAGCCAUUAUGCCAACAAUUUUUAAUCUAAUUCCAAAUAGUGCCAAAGUCAUGGCCACUUCUGGUGUUGUAGCAGUUAGAUUAAUCAUUCGACAUACACACAUCCCUCGACUAAUACCCAUCAUAACCAGUAAUUGUACCUCCAAGUCUGUUGCAGUUAGAAGGCGCUGUUUUGAAUUUUUAGACCUGCUGCUGCAAGAGUGGCAAACUCACUCCCUAGAAAGACACAUAUCAGUGUUAGCAGAAACAAUAAAGAAGGGAAUUCAUGAUGCGGACUCUGAAGCCAGGAUAGAAGCAAGAAAGUGCUACUGGGGUUUUCACAGUCACUUUAGCCGAGAGGCAGAGCAUUUGUACCACACCUUGGAGUCCUCUUACCAGAAGGCCCUGCAGUCACAUUUGAAGAACUCUGACAGCAUUGUGUCCUUGCCGCAGUCAGAUCGCUCCUCCUCCAGCUCCCAGGAGAGUCUCAACCGUCCACUGUCUGCCAAAAGAAGUCCUACUGGAAGUACUACAUCAAGAGCAUCUACAGUAAGUACAAAAUCUGUGUCAACACCAGGAUCUCUGCAGCGAUCCCGCAGUGACGUUGAUGUGAAUGCAGCAGCUAGUGCCAAGUCCAAAGUGACGUCUUCUGGAGCAUCCACCCCCUUCAGUUCUGCUGCAGCCCUGCCCCCAGGCUCAUAUGCAUCAUUAGAUGGUACUACCACUAAAACUGAGGGUCGAAUUCGUACGAGGAGACAGAGCUCUGGCAGUGCCACCAGCGUCACCUCAACGCCUGCUGAUACCCGAGGCCGCAGCCGGGCUAAAGUGGUUUCCCAGUCCCAGCGAUCCAGAUCAGCUAAUCCUGCUGGUGCUGGUAGUCGGUCUAGUUCUCCGGGUAAGCUGUUAGGAAGCGCCUAUGGGGGCUUGGGCAGUGGAACAUCCAGAGUUCAACCUGUGCCAUCAUCUUCGGAGAAGCGCAGCAAGAUCCCCCGGAGCCAGGGAUGCAGUCGAGAGACAAGUCCCAACAGAAUAGGACUAGACCGGUUUGGACUCGGACAGUCAGGCAGGAUGCCUGCUUCUGUGAAUGCCAUGCGAGUCCUGAGCACAAGCACAGAUCUGGAGGCUGCUGUGGCUGAUGCACUGCUGUUAGGAGACUCCAGGAGCAAGAAAAAGCCAGUGAGAAGAAGAUAUGAACCCUAUGGGAUGUACUCCGAUGAUGACGCUAACAGUGAUGCAUCAAGCGCUUGCUCAGAGCGCUCCUAUGGUUCCAGGAAUGGAGGCAUUCCACACUAUCUGCGGCAGACCGAAGAUGUGGCUGAGGUCCUGAACCACUGUGCCAGCUCCAACUGGUCUGAAAGGAAGGAGGGCCUCAUAGGUCUGCAGAACUUACUGAAAAGCCAGCGUACACUGAGCCGAGUGGAAUUAAAAAGGCUAUGUGAAAUAUUUACUCGCAUGUUUGCUGACCCUCACAGCAAGAGAGUCUUCAGCAUGUUUCUGGAAACCCUGGUUGAUUUCAUCAUCAUUCACAAAGAUGACUUGCAGGAUUGGCUUUUUGUUCUCCUGACACAGUUGCUAAAGAAAAUGGGAGCAGAUUUGCUGGGGUCUGUGCAGGCAAAAGUUCAGAAAGCUCUGGAUGUCACCAGGGAUUCUUUUCCAUUUGAUCAACAAUUUAACAUUUUGAUGAGGUUUAUUGUGGAUCAGACCCAAACACCAAACCUCAAGGUGAAAGUUGCUAUCCUGAAAUAUAUUGAGUCCUUGGCAAGACAGAUGGAUCCAACGGACUUUGUGAACUCUAGUGAGACAAGACUUGCUGUGUCUAGAAUUAUAACUUGGACAACAGAACCAAAGAGCUCAGAUGUGAGAAAGGCAGCACAAAUAGUCCUGAUCUCUCUUUUUGAACUGAACACUCCUGAGUUUACCAUGUUACUUGGUGCCUUGCCAAAAACAUUCCAGGAUGGUGCUACCAAGCUCCUGCACAACCACCUCAAGAACUCCAGUAACACCAGUGUGGGUUCCCCCAGCAAUACCCUUGGUAGGACUCCCUCUCGGCACUCCAGCAGCAGAACCAGCCCCUUGACUUCACCUACCAACUGUUCCCAUGGUGGGCUGUCUCCAAGUAUGCUGGAUUAUGACACGGAGAACCUAAAUUCUGAUGAAAUCUACAGCUCUCUUCGUGGAGUCACAGAAGCAAUUGAAAAAUUUAGUUUCCGUAGUCAAGAGGACUUGAAUGAGCCAAUCAAACGUGAUGGAAAGAAAGACUGUGACAUGGUGUCUCGAGAUGGUGGCCUUGCGGUACCUACCAGCGAUGUUCGGGGAGGCAGUGACACUGUAGAAGGAGGACGGAUGGCUCUAGAUAACAAAACCUCCCUACUUAACACUCAGCCACCCCGCGCCUUUUCAGGACCACGUGCUCGAGAGUAUAACCCCUAUCCUUAUUCCGACACAAUUAACACUUACGACAAGACUGCCCUCAAGGAAGCAGUUUUUGAUGAUGACAUGGAUCAGCUUCGGGAUGAAGUACCCAUUGACCAUUCGGAUUUGGUGGCUGAUCUUCUGAAAGAGCUUUCUAAUCACAAUGAGCGGGUGGAGGAGCGGAAAGGAGCUCUCCUGGAACUGCUGAAGAUCACAAGGGAGGAUAAUCUUGGAGUUUGGGAGGAACAUUUCAAAACCAUUCUGCUCUUGCUCCUGGAAACGCUUGGAGACAAAGAUCAUUCAAUAAGAGCCUUGGCACUGCGAGUCCUUAGAGAGAUCCUACGGAAUCAGCCAGCAAGGUUCAAAAACUAUGCAGAGUUGACCAUCAUGAAAACACUGGAAGCACACAAGGAUUCCCACAAGGAGGUCGUCAGAGCUGCUGAGGAAGCUGCUUCUACCCUGGCAAGCUCCAUCCACCCUGAGCAAUGCAUCAAGGUGCUUUGCCCCAUCAUUCAGACUGCAGAUUAUCCAAUUAAUUUAGCUGCCAUCAAAAUGCAGACAAAGGUCAUUGAGAGGAUUUCCAAGGAAUCAUUGCAUCAACUCCUUCCUGAUAUUAUUCCUGGAUUGUUACAGGGUUAUGAUAAUACAGAGAGCAGUGUCCGUAAAGCUAGUGUAUUUUGCCUAGUGGCAAUAUAUUCAGUAAUUGGUGAAGAACUGAAACCUCAUCUCGCACAACUCACAGGAAGCAAGAUGAAGCUACUAAAUUUGUACAUAAAGAGGGCCCAAACUACCAACAGCAACAGCAGUUCCUCUUCAGAUGUUUCAACGCACAGUUAAUGGAGAUAUGUGGACAUAUGUGUAGACUUAGAAGCAAUCAACGGUGCCUCUCAGAGACCUUUCUGCUACUCUUCACUGGCGCACUUCAUCAGCUCAAGGAGGCCGUGCAGAUAUUUAUUGCAAUCAGUAUUCUAGUCCCUUAAAGCUUUUAUGUAGAACCUUACUGGUACUGAAUGUAAAGGAAGCAAGGUCUGUGUUGCAGUCUUCAUUAAAAAUGAACAACAGAAAGCCAUACUUAAACAUAUUGUAUAGCCUGCUGAAAUCUUGGAAAUAUGUUUAGGUUAGCAUUCCAAAAGAGUCAAAAAACCUGGACGUGCGUAAAGGUCAAACAAAUCUUGGUUUAGUUCAUACCCAGUUUUGGUUUCUGUGCGCUAGUUACUGCUCUUUCCCUGUGGCCGCAGCCGUUCUGGCUAGGAUCUCCUCUUACAAGUCCUGUGGUCCUGUUUUGUACUUCCUAUUGCAGCUUGCCUAAUGUGCAGGGUUCUCCACAAGGAGAUCUUUGCUGAUGUGGCUGUGGUUCCAGCCUCUAAUGCUUUAAUACUGAGAUAUCAAGUGAGUAAUGAGAAAGUAGGUUCUUUUUAAAUAUCCGAGUUUUUUGUAUAUAGUUCUUCUGACAGACCUCUGAUGGCUGAUCUCUCUAACCGCUCUCCAGCCAGCUGUGCUUUGUAGAGCAACUAGGCUCUCGCUACCUUCGUCGACUGUGUAAAUAUUUCCCCUCUCCCAACCCAUUCGGCUCUUUCACGUGCUUGAGACUCUUCAGGUUACUUGUUACUCCCCAAAGGGAACCUCAGACGCAGUUCUGAGACUGGUGCCUGCGUUCAGACAUGAGCUCAGUGGUUGCUGGAUUGGGCUUGGGUGCAUCCUUGGGUGGACAGUCAGAGCUGGCAAGGCUGUAUCUCAGUGCUGCCUUGUGAGGCUGGCUGUGUUUUUCCUUAAGUCUGUAGCGUCAAAGGGCUGGUCUGCCUCUUUGACCGGGACCCAUUGAUGUUGGGUGGUAAAUGGCUUUAUCCACACAAAUCUAGUGUGCUUUGAGCAGACUGUUCAUCCAAGAGGACAGAAAAGGAAUCUGAAGCUGGACAAAACAACCCUGUGGAAGCUGAGGGUUGGCUGGGAUAGUGCUGGUCACCGGCUGCAGUUCCUGUCUUGUGCCUGAAGAGCCUGCAGUGCUGUCUUCUGCCUUUAGAAGCCUCCUUCUUCCCAGCCAGCCCCAGGCACAGCCCUGCUGGGUGCUUUGCAUUUUGGAGGGAUGUGCUAGACUAUGACACAGACCAGGUAAGAGCCAAACCAGCAGCAGCAGGUGUCCCACAGCACCACCCUGCUCCAAAGGGAGAUGCUGCUGUUGACAGGGGCAGAGUUCCUGCUGCCUAUGCCUGUGACCGUGGGGAGCAGGAGGAUGCUUGUGCUGUGUUUGGCCCUAGGCUGGAUCCUGGCUGACAGACAGGCCCACCCCAGCCUGCUAUGGAUUGUAACUGGGAUUUUUCCCCUAGUGACAGCGAUUGCAGGGGGGUGAUGGACCUGCAGUGUGUGCUCCCUCGCUGCUCUCAGUGCCUUGGUCUCUCUGCAGCCCCCUUCAUUUUUCCUCUGAGGAGCUGAAGGGACACCUUGGUAGCAGACUCAGUGGCAGCAUGUGAGCAUUGCCAGAACUGCAGCAGGGGAGCACAGCAAGGAGGAUAAAGCCUUGUGGUCCUCCCUCUCCAUCAGUUUGUGCUCCUGUGGCUCAGCCCCAGCCCUGGGGAGCUGUGCUAGAAGGUGAUGGGUGGUGCAGCUCCAGAGGAGCCGAGGUUUGUGAGGUUUGCUGGACUGCAAAGUUUUUCCAGCCUCUCUCCUGGCUGCCGUGGGAGCAGAGGUGACUUGCUCCUGAGGUCAUCAGGAUGAGUCCAGGCUUGGGCUCGCUGCAGGGCUGAUCCCUUGUGUUCCCCAGUGCCGUGACAGGAGGAACCCUGUGGUCUGGUAGUGGGAUUCCUCCAGGCCCUCUCUGCUGGCUCAGAAGAGCCGUCCUUGCUUGGGAGAGGAUGGGCUGCUCCAUGGUUGGUGUCUCCCUUUCCGUGGACCAUUCCUUUUUGACACCUUUCAGUAUGCUUGUUAGAGUUUUGUGUUGUUUUUUUUUUUUUUUAAUUUUUUGAAUGAUUCAAAUUAUUUUAGUUUAAUGUGAAUUUAUUUUCCCUUUUGAGGAAAUGUUCAGCCAACUCGUUGGCAGCAGUUAGCUGUCUUGAAUUUUUAGUAGUGGGUUUGGGGUUUUUUCCUUUUUUUUUUUUAAUUUUUACUCUAACUGCUUACUAUUUAUGCCUCUCUUUCUCCCCAUCUCAAUUCACCAUAUUCUGUUCCAGUCCUGGGGUUCAGCGGUCAGCAUAGCUGACCACAUGGCGCUUAGUUCCUCCCAGCUGUGAUGGAGCUUUUUGGGUUUGGGGUUUUUUUUGUUUUGUUUUUUGAAUGGCACACUGUAGCAAAUCUCCGGGAAUUGAAUUCCUUCUCAAAAUGAUUUUGUAUUUUAUAAAAUCCUAUCAGUAUGCACUGAGAGUGAACGCACUGUAAUGUCCCUGAACUGACCCUGGCGCCUGCUCUGACACUAAAGAAGGAGUUAACAGCUCGUCCUAUGAAACUAGGUGUGAAAUCUGCCAUGCUCUGUGGCUGCAGAGGUGAGCACCUGUUUCUCAGAUACCAUUGGCACACUUGGGGCUGCAAAAUAGUAGAACCAGGCCUUACUUUCGUAAUCAGAUUCCGUUCUGUUUGUCAACAGAUGCUCAUUGUGUUCCUUUCUUUCAUUAUGUGAGUCGGUCGAGGACUGUUCAUCCUUUGAGUACUCUAGAAGUAUGUUAUACCUGUAUACAGUAGGGGGCAUUCUGCUUAGGUAUUUAUAAAACAUUGCGUAUAAUGUACAUAGUAGGGUUGUUUAGUAUGUUGAACAUGAUCUUUUUUUUUCCUUUGAAGUACUCAAAGGGCUAGCUCUGAAUGUCACCUCUCUGAUCUCCAGCAUUCUGACUUCAAACAGCUGUACAAUCGUUUUGUUCUCUCUUCAGCAAGCAUAAAGGUCUCUCUGGCUACAGACCGCAGUGUCCACGCAUGUUGGCAGAGAACGAUCUGCAUGCGGGCAGUGCCUCACCGCACCGGUGAAGCUUGUGUUCACCCUCUCCCAGCAGUAGCCACCUACUGCAGCUGCCUUGUUUUUUUCCUUGCUGCCCAUUAUGCAGGGCUUCAACUUUUCAUACUUUAAAAAAAAAAAAAGUGUAUUUUUUUUUUUUCUUGCCCACCAUGCUUUAAGUCUGAAUGGGAGAGAACUCUCAGCAGACAGCGGCUCCUGGCUGCAAGGUUGCAGAACUCUCAGAUGCGGAUGUGUUUUUCUGCCAUUGGCUGCUCCGGUGCUCCGUGGGCAUGGGCGAAUAUGGAUCCAUCUGCCCCCCGGUCUGCAUACCGCAGUUCUCAUGUAGUGCAGAAUUAUCGAGGCAUGUGGCUUUCUUAAGGUACACUAUGUGUGCUUGCCUGGAUUACAGUACGAGACUGUCUUUUUUUAUUGCUUACUACUAGCUUACCAAUAACCUGUAUAAGUAACCUAACUCACACCUUGGUCAUCCAAACCUUUUCUCCCCACCCCUUUAUUUAUCAAGCAUAAUAUUACAUGUUAAGGGACAGGAAAAUAGACCUUUGUAGAAUACAGCAGAACAAUGUUGCUAACAAUGUUUGAAAUGGGAAUUAAAACCUCUCUGAAAAACGCCAGCCCUGAGAAAUGACUUUGUUGGCACCGUGUUCAUGCGCAUGUAUUUUUUCUAUUUUUUCCGCUUUUGUCAUGUUACAUCCAUAUCUGUAUUUAUAUCUUGUUUGUUUCACUUUUGAGUGUAUCAUGGCAAUUGUACAGAUGUUUUUGUUAACAUUUACGUGAUAGAAUUUGCUAAAAAAAAAAAAUUAAAAUAAAACCUUUUGAGUUUGCCCUAGAGUAA